GCAUCUCGGCUCACAGCUUUGUGAACUGGAAAAGCUGAUAGAUAAAAUGAUGAUUGCAGAGUUUUCAACUUAUGCUCGCAAUGAUUUAAAUAGACCCCUAGAAGAUGAUUGCCAAAUUCUAGAAGAGGAGAGACUUGUGUCACUAGUAUUUGGACUUUUAAAACAAAGAAAGCUAAAUUUUUAUGAAAUAUAUGGAGAUGAAAUGAUUAUUACUGCGAAGAACAUAAUUAAACAGUGUGUGGUAAAUACGGUAUCGCAGAUAGAAGAAAUAGAUACAGAAGUGGUUGUUAAGCUUGCAGAUCAGAUGAGGAUGAUGAAUUUUCCUCAGUGGUUUGAUUUACUGAAGAAUAUUUUUUCUAAGUUUACCAUCUUCCUGAAGAGAAUAAAGGCAACAUUAAAUACUGUCCGUAGCGUGGUAUUCUUGGUUCUAGACAAGAACCAAAAAAACAGAGACCUGGAGGACACCUUACAAAAGAACUCUGCUAAAGACAGCACGGUGGACACAGAGGUUGCUUACCUGACUCAUGAAGGCAUGUUUAUAAGUGAUGCGUUUGGCAAAGGGGAUGUCCCACCUGUAGCAGCUGACACUACCUCUCAAAGAAACACUUCCCCAAACAGUGAGCCCUGUAGCAGCGAUUCUGUCUCUGAACCAGAGUGCACUACUGAUUCCUCAUCCAGCAAAGAGCAAACGUCGUCUUCUGUUACUCCAGGAGGAGUAGAGAUGAUGAUCAGUGAUGACAUGAAGUUGACUGACCUGGAACUGAUCAGGCUGGCAAACAAUAUUCAAGAGUUACUUUAUAGUGCCUCUGAUAUCUGCCACGAUCGUUCAGUCAAGUUCUUAAUGGCAAGAGCAAAGGAUGGAUUCCUAGACAAGCUGAAUUCCAAUGAGUUUGUUGCUCUUUCUCGUUUGAUGGGAGGCUUUAUCUCGGACACUGAGCAGAUCUGUGGUAGGAAAAGUAUGUCCUUGCGUGGAGCACUUCAGAGUCAAGCCAAUAGAUUUGUGAAUAGAUUCCAUGAGGAGCGGAAGACAAAACUAAGCCUACUUUUGGACAAUGAGCGCUGGAAGCAAGCUGAAGUUACUGCUGAGUUUCAGGAUCUUGUAGAUUCUGUGUCAGAUGGCAGAAUUUCACUCCCUGAAAAAAAACCAGCAGCUACUGAAGAAAGAAAGCCAGCUGAUUUCCUUAUUGUUGAAGGACAAAAAUAUGCAACAGUUGGGACAGUAUUGCUGUUAAUAAGAAUAAUCCUUGAGUACUGCCAGUGUGUGGAUAACACUCCUUCCAUCACCACUGACAUGCUUACCCGCCUGUCUGAUUUACUGAAGUAUUUCAACUCUAGAAGUUGCCAACUAGUGCUUGGAGCUGGUGCAUUACAAGUUGUUGGUUUGAAAACAAUCACUACAAGUAACCUAGCCCUUUCUUCACGUUGCCUACAGCUAAUCGUACACUACAUUCCUAUUAUCAGGGCUCAUUUUGAAGCUCGACUGCAGCCGAAGCAGUUUAGCAUGCUCAGGCAUUUUGACCACAUAACAAAGGAUUAUCACGACCACAUAGCUGAAAUUUCAGCAAAGCUUGUUGCCAUAAUGGAUGGCGUAUUCGACAGACUGUUAUCCGAGUAUGAAGUGAAAGCUCCCGUUCCUUCAGUAUGCUUCAGGAGUAUCUGCAAGCAAAUGGCAAAGAUGCACGAAGCUAUAUACAAUCUCCUUCCUGAGGAGCAAACUCAGAUGUUGUUUUUACGAAUUAAUGCAAGCUACAAACUUCACUUGAAGAGGCAGCUGGCUCACUUAAACGUAGUCAAUGAUGGAGGACCUCUGAAUGGACUGGUUACUUCAGAUGUAGCUUUUUACACUGGAAACCUUCAAGCUCUGAAAGGCCUUAACAACUUAGACCUAAACAUGGCUGAAAUUUGGGAGCAGAAGAGGUGAUAGUCCACUGGGAGCAGUCACUUGGCUCUGACAACAGACUGACUUUCUUCUAAGCAGUGUGACGACUGUGAGACGAAUACUGAAGACCGGAGUCCAAGAAAGGAUACUGUUGAUAGUUGGGGAAGCUAGACUCAGAGUGAGCUGCAGGGAGCGAUCUUUUCAGUGUCCUUCAGCAAGAAACAAGUGAUCAGCUGUCUGUGCAAUGUUUUUUCAUUCUCUCUGGAAACAGACUCAGGUUUCUUUGGACCAAAUCCAAAAGAACACAUAGCUGUAACACAGCUGUAGUUGUCUAGAAUGCUCUGUAUAUCUUUAUAUUAAAAAGAUGCUUUGCAUUUCUUCUAGUGCAAUG